AUGUAUUUGCUGCCACAUGUGAUAUUAAAAAUAAUAUUACUAACAAGCACCAUAGCGGAACCUGUGUUAGAAAUUUUAUUACCAGCAGAGAAUGGUCAAACCCUAACAAAUGUGGAUCAAUCCAAUUCAGCCAAUGAUGAUGAUAAAACAUUAGCACAGCAAAUUUUUGAAGGCAAGUAUGGUCUUAUACAUAAAGAACUAUUCAAUGACAUACCAUCAAGACCUGGAAUUAUAAGUUACAACAUAAAUCCUGAAGUGCCAAAGGACAACAUCAAUAAUUUAGGAGGGUUAGAUCCUGAUGAAAUAUGGCUGGCAGAGAAUCAUUUACUUGUAUUAAGAGGGGGGAAUUUUAGUGAUAAAAAAGUCAAAUGGUCAUACAUAGAUAAUUUUAUUGCUCCAUUAAGACAGGUAAAAAUACCAGAAAACCCUAAAAUACCUCCACCAUUUCCAAUACAGCUGGAAGACAACGGACCUAUUGAUUUUGUAUCAAUUAAUGGUUCUACUUGGAAUCCGGUAUUUCCUCCUCCGUUCCCAUCAAUUCAAAACCCACCACUUCCAAACACAACAUUUGAUGAAGAUGAUCAGUCAUUAUUUUAUCCACCUAAGUAUGAUUUUGUAUAUACUCAAGAAAAUUCUACAAGAGUUCCUCCAGGUCCAUUAGUUCCUGGAAUAGUUUUGCCACCACCACCAAAUUUCUUUGGUCCUUUAGAAAAGCCGGAAAAAACUAAAAAAAUUAACUUAAAUACAAAUAAAACAAUUCCAAGAUUUAAUCAAAAACCAUACUUUAAAAUUCCCAAAGCAAAUCAUAAUACUAAAGAAAAUGAAUGGGUUCCAAUACCAUCAAUCAAGCCAAACUAUAUUGAAGGUUUGAAAAUCAAAAGUAAUAUUCUUAUUAGUACAACCGAAAGUAGUAAUAAUUACAAUUCACAUAAUAACGAACAAAUUAAUGUCCCCAGUCACCAAUUUUUCCUAGAAAAUCCAGUAGGACAUACAACAAGUCGUCCAGAUUCUUAUUAUUAUUAUGAAGAAAAUAAUAAAUAUGAUGUAGAAAAACCAGCUCAACACAAUAAAUAUGAAGAUUCUAAUAUAAAAAAUCAACAAUUUGAUUUCCAAAAUAAUUACGAAAAGUCUACUACAGUCAAGCCAUAUUAUGAGUAUAGUUAUAUUGCUCCAGAGUACGAUAUUAAAUCCCAAAUUCAAAAUCCAAUCCAUAAACAAAAACCAAUGACAGAAUACCAAAAAGAAAGACAUGUAUUUCAAGAAUGGUCAGAAAACCCAAAAAAUACUCAAUUCAAUAAUGAAAUGGAAAAGCAAAAAUAUCAAUCGUGGCCACAACAAAAUAACCAAUACUCUGAUAUUGAUUAUAAUUAUCAAACAGAAAAACCCAACAUUGCUACUGAUAAUCCAUAUCAUGCAUUUUUCACACAAGAUGAUGCCAGUUUAGUAGAUGAAAAUACAAAAAAAUAUUUUGCUCUCUUUGGUCAGAAAGUUAGAACUGAGAAACCGACCCAAGUAACAUCACAAUCAAAACCUCAUAGUAAUAAAAAUUUUAAUAAGAUAUCAAUAAUUGAUGACAUAUUAGUUAACUUUAAACAGCCAUUGCCAACUAACAAUCCAGUGUCAAAAACAACUACGGUAAAACCUCACUACAAUUAUCCUCAAAUUUCUUUACAUGAUGACAUAAAUGUAAAUUUUAAAGAAAAACAUCCACAAAUUAAUCCUGACACUGAGAUAAUAUCUGAAAAUUCAAAUGAUUUUAAAGAAAAUUAUCCAUAUUCCACUGAUGAUGAAAUCAUCUACAAUCAACGUUUGCCACCUAAAAAUAUUAACAAGGAACAAAUAAUGAAAAAACCUUUGAUUCAAACUUCACUACAAAGAAACACUCCAGUGAAUUAUAAGCAACCUCUACGAUCAAAAAAUACAAAUUUAGAACCAAUUACACAAAGACCAUACUUAAAUUUACAUCAACCAUCACUCUUAGAUGAUACUCAAGUAAAUUACAAACAGCCAUUACCACCAAUAAAUUUAAAUUCUGAAAUUAUUACACAAAUACCACUAUACAGAUUGCCAUCAUUAUUUGAAGACACAAAUGUGAACUAUAAACAACCUUUGAGAUCUGAAAAUCCAAAUUCAGAAAAAAUUACUCAAAGGCCACAUACGCGAAUAACCCAAUCCCCCUUACAUGAAGAUAUAAAUUAUAAUUUAGAUUCUUCAUUUGUAACACAGAAUCCAAAUUCAGAACAUGUUACUCAAAAUGUGUAUAUGCACAUAUCCCAAACACCAUAUUAUAGUGAUAAUAAAAUGAAUAAUAAACACCAAAAACAAACCUAUUCAUCGAGCAUUCCAAACAUAGAACUGGUUACACAAAAACCAUACAAAAAUAUUCCAGAAACAUCAAUACAUGAUGGGAUUCAAGUAAACUUUAAGCCACAAAAAUAUUCAAAUAGUGGAGUAGUCACUCAAAGGCCCUAUAUUAAAGUACCAAACACUCAAUACCUUGAAGACACGCAAGUGAAUUAUCAACAAACAAUAUUUCAACAAAAUCCAAAUCUCGAAACAGUAGAAAAAAGACCACAAAUUAAGUUUCCUCAGACAUCACUGGUUGAUGAUGCUCAAUUUCAUUUUAAAAGACCAUUGCCAUUGAGAAACCACAAUACAGAGUAUUUUACUCAACGACCUAAAUCUAUAUACUCACAGACACCAGUAUCUUUAACUGAUGAUGUUCAAGUAAACUAUAAACAACCAAUGCCAACAAAAAAUAUUGAUUCAGAAUAUAUAGUAUCAACACAAAGACCAUUAAAUCGUGUAGUUUCAUACAAUUUACCUGGAAAUAGCGGAAGUCAUUUUUUCUUUUUAACAACUCACACUGGACACCCAAUACAAUAUAAUUUGGGUAGUCAUAACUAUCAAUACUAUAAGAGAAAUGUCAAAUAG